UGUAGUGACAACAAAGUAAAACUAUUAAUUUUAGUACAGUCCGCCGUAAUGUUGCUACGACAUUUUGUUGAAACAUAUUUGCUACUUUCCCCUACAUGUCUGUCUACAAAGGUGCAGCAGUUUUACAAGAAACUGCAUUUACAUUUCUGGGAGUCAAAAAAAACAUUCGAUGCAAGAAGGAAGGGUAUAACACUGCAAUACCGAAACCGAGAUCAGUUCUUGUCCAACAUGUUGCACCCAAGCAAAAACCUCUUUCCUAACAGAGUCGCCGAGUUAUUUCAAGACAAAACAAUUCUUAUAACUGGUGGCACAGGAUUUUUAGGAAAAGUGCUCAUCGAAAAGUUACUGCGGACGUGCUCUUCACUCAAAAAAAUUUACGUAAUCAUACGGGAGAAAAAUGAAAAAAAUGCUACCAAGCGUUUACAGGAAAUUUGUGACGGACCACUUUUUGAAAAACUUCGCCAACAAAAAGGAGCAACUAUAUUUGAUAAAAUCGAGGCGAUUGAUGGUGAUGUAAUUGCACCAGAUUUGGGUCUAUCAGAAACCGAUAGACAGAAGUUGAUCCAAGAAACGGAAAUUAUUUAUCACUCAGCUGCUUCGAUUAAAUUCGAUGAGCCGCUAAAGUCCGCAGUUUUGCUCAACGUUAGAGGAACCAAAUCGAUGCUGGAACUAGCUGAAGAAUGCAAAAAUCUUGUGGUCUUUUGUCACUUAUCCACUGCCUAUUGUCACGAAAAGCAAGAAGUCCUUCUGGACACUUUGUAUCCACCACCGGCGGAUCCUCACUGCAUGAUAAAAUUAUGCGAAUGUAUGAAUGAAGAAACAUUAAGUGCCAUUGACAGCACAAUUCGAGGCUGGAGUGCUAAUAACUACACUUUCAGUAAAGCUCUGACUGAAGCUUUAGUCGAAGAAAAAAUGGACAAACUUCCCGUCGUCAUCCAGCGACCAACUGCAAUUAUUCCUACGUGGAAAGAGCCAAUUCCUGGAUGGACUGAUAACAUAAAUGGACCCAUGGGACUUCUAAUUGGUGCAGGAAAAGGAGUGAUAAGAACAAUGUACGCAAAAGACGACGCCAUUCUGGACUGUUUACCCGUGGAUAGUGUGAUAAAUCUUCUAAUCUGCAGUACUUACGAUUACGUCACUUACAGAAGUCGCAGAGUGUACAAUCUAACCAUUUCCAGAGAAGUCAAAGUAACAGCCAACAAACUUUUGGAAACAGGCAGACAAGUUAUAAACACAAAAAUACCUUUCGAUAUGGUUAUUUGGUAUCCAAAUGGGUCUUUGAAAAGUUCUCGUCUGUCACACUAUAUCCAUUUCUUGUUGUUUCAGUUAUUACCCGCAUUCUUUAUCGACGCAAUUUUUUUACUAAUCGGUGUAAAACCCUUCUUGAUUAGAGUUCAAAAAAAAGUUUUGAAAGGCUACCAAAUUUUUGAAUACUACGUUAACAGAGAAUGGGAUUUUCGACACGAUAAUAUGAGCAUUUUUAGAGAUUACUUAAAUCCGAGGGAAAGAGAAGAAUUUAUAAUGGAUCCCGAAGGUUUUGAUUUUCACACAUACAUAACAGAUUGUAUGUUGGGAGCUAGACGUUAUAUACUGAAAGAACCAGACGAUGGUAUUUCAUCAGCUCUGAAACGAAUGAAAAUGUUGUGGCUCUUGGAUAAAGUUUGUAAAAUCGUUUUUACUACAGGAAUUUUGUAUUAUAUGUGCAAAUUUUUUCUAUUUAUAUAUUCCAACAAGGUUAAUUAAUUUUCUAUUCAACACAAUUUUAGAUGGUAUAUACUCUGUCCACUUCACUUGUACCUCAUAAAAUUAUCUAGAGGUUUGAAAAUUUCAUUCUACCCUAUAAAAUGUUAUGGCAAUAAGGAGACGGACAGUAGUACAAUAGCAAGAGAUAUUUACAUAAAGUUGUCGCUUGCCGGUAAUCCCCAGAUGUUAGAAACAGAAUAAUUCAUGUCCGGACAGCGCCCAUCGUUACUCAUGAGUACAACUACCUUACCAUUGUACCAUUGUCCAUCUCGUUAUCGUCAAUAAAAUUUUAUAAGGUAGAAUGAUAAACGUUGAAUUUGAAUGAGGUGAAGACGUCAGUCAUAAAAAUGUGUAACUUUAAAAUUAAAUUUGCAUCAUUUUUUGUACCAUAUUAGCUUCACAACCAGAGCAUUAUCAACUAUAAAAUUUUAUAAGCAACAAAUAAAAUGGACAGAAUAUACAUAGUUAACAAUAAACGUAAAAUAGCAAAAUAUGUAACGUAUU